AAUAGCUCAAAGAGAAUUUGCCAAGGAUGCUAUUGCAAUUGCAAGUAUAGAUUUAGAGAUAGAACUUUUAAAGCAAAUUAAUUUACACUCGAGUAUCCCGAUUCAAUCAUCUUCCCUUUCUUCAAAUACAUUACUUGCUGAAUUUGUUCCUGUCGAGAAAUUAAAGGAGAUCAAGAGAAGAUUCCUUUUAAAGGAAUAUGAUGAACUCGUGAACGCUACUCGGGAACAAAGCAAUAAAAUGGUCUAUUUAAAUCAGCAGACAGCGAAUACAAUGAGUCUACAUCGAAUGACAUCAGACGUGAUCAAGAAAAGAGUGACAAAAAUGAAACAACGAGUAGAUCGUUUUGUAUAUACCUUGAUUGAUGUAGAGCAAAGGGGAUGGUCUUCUUCUAUUACUACUACUAUCAAAGGAGAUCAUUCUAUCUCGUCGUUUCCUUUGGAUAUCACACAAACACAAUCCUCGCCUCUUAAUCUACACGAUUCCCCUAGUUAUUUUAAUCAUUUACAACAGAAAAGGAAAACAGCAGACGAUACUAUUUUGAAUACAAUCCAUUUGCUCUAUUUGUAUGAUCAACUCAUCUAUGAGUCUGAAUGUUCUAUCCUGGAGGAAAAGAAGACCACUUUUGACAAUUUUAUUCAGUGUAUGCAAUCUGUCAGUAAAAUUGAACAAUCUGUGAUGCAGAUUUACCCAAGACUAGCUGAAUUAGAAAAAAGGAUGAAGCAACUACGAUUUGAGAUAGAAUAUGGGCAAGGUGCUAUAGCUAGAAAAGUAAUUACAGGCUAUGGUAUAUUGUUAUGUGAAGUAUGGAGAAGAAGCACAUAUUCAGAGCUUAUAAUGAAAAAUACAAAUCUGCUGGGCGAUUUAUUUGAACAUUUUAAAAAGAGAGAAGAUGACUAUCGAAAAAACUUUAUCGAAAAUGAAGUUAUUUGUUUAGAACAAAAAGAAGAUAAACUAUUCGUCAGUCUACACCACGUUGAUGACAAUAAAAAACGACGAGCUAUUUUACCAUUUAUCAUUCAAGUUUACCAGUAUCUAAUGAAGAGUCAAAUAGAAUAUCAAUAAAAGAUAUUGAAGGUAUACAUAUACAUAUACACAUAUAAAGUCCUCUUUGCUGCUAAUGAUGGUAUAUCAUUAUUAUAGCUUAUAUUCAAAUAGUUCAUGGCUUUUAUAAAGAGAAUAGUAUUGUUGAUGUAUUGUCUUUCGAUGUUG